AUGAAUUUCACUACCAACAAUAAAGCUUCUGGAGAUGCUCGCCGCACACAGGGUUCCACUUCGUCAUCGUCAAGAGACACCCGCAAGCAUGACAUCGAGCUCGAUAACAACGAUGAGCAGCAACCCACCAAGCGUACUAGACGCGAGGAGUCCCCGAUCACUCCUUCCAAAAAUUCAAUCGACCAUCUACAACGCAAAAGCGAAGGUAAAUCUAAGCCAAUCUUGUUUACAACUUCGCGCGUCGAAGGCUCCACUGGUCAUGUCUCUGUUAGUCUAUCUGAUGACCCUCGCAGCCAUUCUUCUCCUUCACCUGCUGCUAAUGAUCAUCACAUGGUUUACCCAGUCGCCCAGAAUACCACGUCCGCAACUUCUCAGGACAUUUUGAAGGAGCAAGAUCAUGAAAGUCUCAAACUACUUCUUGAGCAGAAAGAUGAAGAAAUAAUGAGAUUACAAAUCAAGCUUGAGGUCAGAGAUGAACUCUACAUCGAGGAUGCUGCUCGUGAGGUAGAGCUAAAAGACGCAGUUGAGAAGUACCGUUCAGAUGCCGAAUAUUGGAAAGAAAGAAGUUCUGGUGGUCUUGAAAGCUAUCAUAUUUUGCAAGAGAAAUACAAGACUCUUGAAAUCAAGCUUGAGACAGUUACGACUGAGUCACAAGUAAAAUAUAAAACCCUCGAAGCCGAACAUGAAGCAGUCAAGACUGAAUUCGAAGAGCAAUGUACUGUUGUGGCAAUACAGGAGACAGAGCUGGCGGAAUUACAAGAAAAAUACGAUACACUUGAAGCCAAAUACAAGACACUCAAAGCUAUAGACGUCAACCAGGCUUCUUAUGCAUUGUUUGAGGGUCGAAAAUCUCCUGAAUUUAUAUCUGUUAAUCCCGGUAAACCGCUUUUUACAGAUGAGGAGCUGGCAGCAAAGCGAAAGAAGCUCGCGGACGAGACCGCGGCCGAGUUGCAGAAAGUUUUGCAGGAUCGCCGUAAUAAUGUCGUCAAGGACUGCGAUAUUGUUAUCGAGUCCGUUGAAGUUGUUCCGGAAGAUAUGAGAAUGAGCGAAGUACUUGAAGAAACGUCUGACGCAGGCUCGAGGUCAUCAAACCCAAAGAGAACCGGCUCUUCCGUCCCUCUCAUAUACGCCUCACCAUCAGUCACAACCAAGUCACCGGAUCCACCCAACACUUAUGAGUCUAAUCGCCGUUUGUGGGAUACACCUGACAUACCUCUUUUUCCUGGCCCAAUUGAGGAAUCUCCAUAG